GCAGACAUUCGAAAGGAGCUCGAACGGCAAAAUCAAGCUCUACACAACAAGUAUACCAUGCCUGAGCGUCGCUUGAUGAACAUUUAUUUCCAGCAGCAACUUGCCAAGCUGGCGCGAAGGAUGAGCUUACGACAACAGGCUCUCGCGACUGCGCAAGUCUACAUGAAGCGUUUCUACCUGCGCGUCGAGAUUCGAAAGACGAAUCCCUAUCUGAUCAUGGCGACCGCAGUCUACCUCGCGUGUAAGAUGGAAGAAUGUCCGCAGCAUAUCCGGCUCAUGCUGGGCGAGGCAGCCCGACAGUGGCCAGAAUUGGGUGUAUCGGAAAGUAGCAAAAUCGGCGAGUGCGAGUUCGCCUUGAUAUCAACGCUCUCGUCACGCAUGAUCUGCCAUCACCCCUAUCGCCCACUGAAUGACUUCGUCCAGACUUUUGGCUUGAGCACCGAAGAGUCUAAUCUGGCCCAUUCCAUUGUCAACGACACCUACCUCACAGAUUUGGUCUUCUUGCAUCCUCCACACGUGCUUGCCAUAGUUGCUCUCGUGUUGGCCGUUGUUCUGCGGCCUUCGGGACAGCCACCUGGACUGCAGGCUCAUUCGACACAUGCUUCAUUGGGUCAAGCUUCGCCUCCUCUCGGCUCUCCGACAUCCAGUUCAGGGCCAGGAUUCUCGCCCACUAUGAGUGCGAACGCUGCUCAACAGGCGUUUCUGGGUAGUUUCAGUGGCCUUCGUCAAGCCGGUCCCAAGCUCAGCAAGAUUGUGGACUGGUUGGCAGAGAGCAACGUUGACAUGCCCGCUGUCAUUGAUGCCACGCAGGAGAUGAUCAGCUUGUAUGCCGUGUGGGAGGAGAGCUACAGCGAGCGUGCGUGCAAAGAAGCAAUUACAAGAUUCGUUAAAGACGGGGGUGCUUGGGCGUCUGGAAGCACUCCCAAGUAGGAUUUGGUCCGUGGUCUUCUGCAAGGCGAAUUAUGGUUCAUCGACUUGUACGGGCCCUGGUUGAACGACGACUUGAGACGAGCCAUCGAAUCAUAUGCUCCAUUUUUUGGGCUGCUCAUCGGGAGAGAUAGACACGCCUGGGCUAUCAACAGGGAGCUCCUACAGAAGCAUGGACCAAAGAGGUUGGCUGAAAUGUCAUCGAGGGAGGCUUCUUACUGAGUUGGAGAGGAUCAGCACCACUCACAGCGCAAGAUUCUCCACCUUUCUCGGAGAGCUCGUCACCGGAAGUGUGCUCCAUGACUUUCACUUCUCAGGUCCAACGUUUCUCUUCGAGCGAGCUUCUUCGCGCUUGAGAUGCCGUCUCAGGAACGGAGUUGGACCACCCAUGUCCGGUCAAGUUUGACAAUGAAAUCGUCUAGCAUGCCCAGUCGAGCACUCGUGAAACUCGGAAGAAAGCCUCAGGCACUGAAGGAACUUUACAAUGACUGGCAUCCAAAGUUUCAUUUUCAGCUUGUGGAUAGCCGAAACAAGUUCUGUGCGAGUCUGAGGCCGUGAGUUCAAGAACCCCAUCGACGCUGGAAGAUGCCUAAGCUUCUGUCAAGCUAGUUGUCACUACCCAGUAUUACACAGCAGCAGGAGGAGCAUGUAGCAUAACAAGAGAGAUCACAUGUACGAG